AUCAAUCAUUCAUUGCUGCACUCGCUGCGGAACAUUAGCCCUUUUGCAGCAAAAAAGUAUGGAAUAACGUACGUAGUCUAAACUAACCCUGUUUUGAAUUACUUUUUGAGUCAUCCAAAGGCAACCGCAAGUCAAUUUCUCCCUUCUUUCUAAGGUGGCCGGGGGCAAUACUGCAAUGGGUAACAUUUCAUUAGCAAUUGUCUGUGUCCUGGAUUAUACCAUUAUCCAUCUCUCCUGUCCCCAGAUUGAUUCAUCAUCACAGGAGUACGUCAACGCUCACAACGCAGCUCGAUCACAGGUUGGAGUCGGACCUAUUACUUGGGAUGCUACCGUAGCGGCAUACGCACAGAAUUAUGCUAAUCAACGUAAGGGUGAUUGCAGACUAGUGCACUCGGGUGGCCCUUACGGUGAGAAUAUUGCAUGGAGCAGUGGUGACCUCUCGCGAACGGCUGCCGUUAACCUUUGGGUAGGAGAGAAGGCCGACUACAACGCAACCACUGGAUCAUGUGCUGCCGGGCGCCAGUGCGGCCACUAUACUCAGGUGGUUUGGCGCGAUUCUUUGCUCUUGGGCUGUGGUAAAGCUAGAUGCAACAACGGCGGCACCUUCAUCACUUGCAAUUAUGAUCCCCGCGGCAACUAUGUCGGGCAGCGGCCGUACUAAUUAAUAGCUGUUGCUUAUGGGAAAAAAUGAUCAUUUUUCCUAUUAUAUUUAGUAGCAAUUGAAUUUUUCCUUUUCAUUUCGCUGAGAAUGAAUAUGAUAGUACCAUGAUUGAUCUGAUCUCCCUCCUCCCAACGAGCGUUGUUAUUUUACAAUAUUAAUGAAAUCAGUCGUUGUAUUUGAAA